CAUUGGACCCUACUGAGCGUGUCCCUGUUGAACUGCCUCCUGUCGACAGCGUGCAGUGUGGGCCUGGCACUGGCCAUCGCCCUCACCGUUCACAGCAGGGGUACGCGCCUUGUCAUGGGCUGCAGCAGCUCUGCACUGCCUGCUGACGCCCGUGCAGCCAUAGCGACCAACGACUGUCCUUUCAACACCACGCGCAUCUAUGACACAGCCCUGGCACUCUGGUUCCCCUCUAUGUUGCUGGCGGCUGCAGAAGCUGUGCUGUCUGGCAGGUGCUGUUUGGUGGCCUUGAUCUUCCGGGGCAUUGGGCCCUGUGCACACAGCUAUGGCAAAGAGCAG